AGGACAUAAUUUGUUGCUUAAAACAUUUCGCAGCACCCUAUGUUUUACUUUCCAUACAAAAAGAAUAAUUAAAAGCAAAUUGUGGGUUAUUUCUAAACUGCAUUACUCGACAAUUUUCUAACUGGCAAGGGAGGACUUUUUUUUAACUUCAAUCAUAAAACUUGAUAUUAAUUAAAUUCAAAAGAAAGAAAAUGACAGUUUCAGAAAGCACAACGCAUGACGUUGAAAUGGAGGCUGAUGCCUCUGCCGAAAAUGCGGUUGAUCCUAAAAAAGACCAAGAUGUAGUGGCUAUACAAGAAAUAAGAGAGCAAAUAAAACAAAUCGAAAAAGCGGUAACCAGCAAAGAAUUACGUUUCAUAUUGCGCGUUCUACGUUCUUUGCCCAACAUACGGCGUAAGCUCAACGGUGUAGUGCUACGCAAUUUAGCUACGUUCAUUUAUCCAGCUGGCUCUGAUCGAGAUAAUGCUUUGAAGUUUGCGCCUGUUAUACCAGCUGGUACCCCGGAACCCGAACUUCCAAAAAGCCGCCCAGCUUCUAAGCCGCCAAUUGUUGAAGUAGAUGCUUACUUUUAUUUGCUACUCUUGGUCAAACUUAUCGAUGACAAUGAUUUGAUGCGGUCAAUUACUUGUUCUGACGCCUUGAUGGGCAAAAUACAGGGACAAAACCGUCGAACGUUAGAUUUGAUUGGAGCAAAGUCAUAUUUUUAUCAUUCCCGUGUGGCUGAGUUAAAUAAUAAUUUGGAAAAUAUACGACCUUUUCUCCAUGCCCGUUUACGAACUGCUACUUUGCGAAAUGAUUUCGAAGGGCAGGCUGUUCUCCUAAAUUGUCUUUUGCGUAAUUAUUUACACUAUAACCUAUACGAUCAAGCUGAUAAACUUGUUAAAAAGUCUGUGUUUCCGGAAUCAGCAAGUAAUAACGAAUGGGCCCGCUUUUUAUAUUAUUUAGGACGUAUAAAGGCGGCUAAAUUGGAAUACAGCGACGCUCAUAAACAUUUAAUACAGGCGUUACGCAAAGCUCCUCAAAAUGCGGCAGUGGGCUUUCGUCAAACCGUGCAAAAACUAAUCAUUGUUGUAGAACUACUUUUGGGUAAUAUACCGGAACGGCAAAUUUUUCGACAAGCUGCUCUACGCAAAUCUUUGGCACCAUAUUUUCAACUGACCCAGGCUGUGCGUAUGGGAAAUCUUAAAAGGUUCGGUGAAGUUGUAGAAAACUUCGGUCCUAAAUUCCAGCAGGAUCACACCUAUACACUUAUUAUCCGUUUAAGGCAUAAUGUCAUCAAGACGGCCAUACGCUCGAUUGGCCUCUCGUAUUCGCGUAUUUCACCCCAUGAUAUAGCAAAGCGUUUGAUGUUAGAUUCCGCUGAAGAUGCCGAAUUUAUUGUAGCUAAAGCUAUAAGGGACGGAGUAAUUGAAGCUACUUUGGAUCCUGCACACAAUUAUAUGCGUAGCAAGGAAAGUACUGAUAUCUACAGCACGCGAGAACCUCAGUUAGCUUUUCAUGAACGCAUCUCGUUCUGUUUAAAUUUACAUAAUCAGAGUGUCAAAGCGAUGCGCUAUCCACCAAAAUCAUAUGGUAAAGAUCUAGAAAGUGCAGAAGAGCGUCGUGAGCGUGAACAACAAGAUUUGGAAUUGGCCAAGGAAAUGGCAGAAGAUGAUGAAGAUGGAUUUUAAUUUUUUUUUUAUCAAUUUUGCAUAAAAUAGUAACGCAGCUUGUUCUCAAGGUUUAAAUGAAUCAUAAUUGUGAUUGUAUUUUGCACUAAUAUUUCUUUGCUACAUAAGCUACAAGAGGAAGAUGAAUGAAUAAUAAAAAUAACAAAAAUUUCAACUAA